AAUUCAGUUUGGCCGACUCAAGCUCCUUCUUCAUCUGGGUUUCCGCCGACUCAAGGGUGCCUCCCAUCUCAAGUCCCCUCUCCAGUCCCUACUCAAGUCCCUUCUCUAGUCCCUACUCAAGUCCCUACUCAACCCUUGCUACGUCGGAGAUCCCACUGA